AUGGGCGGCUUUAGACCUGAAAUGUCGCCUGCUGGUGAAGCGUUUCGCUGCUCGAGUUCCUUUGCAGAUGUGGUCCCAGUGAUUCCGGCUGUGGCAGCUGUGGCACCCGUGGAGAAUUCAACUUGGUCAGGGGUCCGGGCUCGGGCCCGAAGUCGCAUCGCCUUCCUCGUACUCCUGGCUUUUCUCGCGAUUGCUGGCGGCUCUUGCGGCGCGGAGAUGGGUUGGGCAUCCGCCCUCACGGGCUUGAUGUCCUGUUUUUGUCUCUUCCUCGUGAUCUCCUCACAGUUGAAGUGGUGGCUUCGGGGGCCCUUCCUGUCAAAGAUGCGAUGGCACAUGGUGCUGGAUGCUGUGAACGUCUGGCUCUUCCACUACGUAGCUUGCCAUGAGCCCUGUGCUUGUGGCCACUACGAUGAGGCCGCAACAGCUGCAACGACCAUUGCCGCAGCGGUCGGCCAGAUCAUGUUCUGGUGGAAUAAGCUUAUGGGGUACACAAUCAUCAAAGCUCACCUCCCAAUGUUAAGAGAAGCCUUCUCGCACACGCGGAAGCAUCACAUUGGCACCGGCUGUUUGGACAUCCUGUUCUGGCUCUUCCUGCUCGCAGCGAUUGCAGCAACCAUCCUUUUUAGCUGGGUGUCAUACCUGUCAUACCAGGAGUUUCGAGGACACCACCCGUCUCCAGAAGGGGUUGUGACCGUCAGCGACCAUUCCAUACCUCUUGUGGCCGUGCUAUUGCUGGAAUCCUCUAUUGUCCUCUCCUCCAUCGUUGUGGGUAUCGUGAUGACCCGUGCAUUUUUUCUAGCCCACAGCUAUGCUCGUGAGGCCACAGCAUCUGGAUCGCCGGUUGAACAGAAGCUUGCAUCAAAGGCUGUCGAGUUCUCACGGCGGAUCAGAUGGGAAACACCUUUCAACUUGGCUCUGGUAGCCAUGGCCUUUGCCAGCCAUGUGCUAUGGCUCUUGUAUUGCCACGUGCUUCCCUCGGACGACCAAACAGUCGCACUCCUGCAGCGCAUGUUUCUGGUGAUCGAGUCGCUGUCGCUGACGAACUGCGCGCGUUUCAGCUCGCUGCUCUCCCUGGCAGAAUUUCAGUCAUCACCCGGAUCCUGCACGAUCCUUGGGGACCAUCACGGACCACAACGACACUGGGCCGGAACAGGUGAUGACGAGUGGGACAAGAAGACGCAGGAGCUGGCACUUCGUGGCAUCACCCUGCGCUCGCUUCUGAAGUUCUACGGCCAACUGUCGGAGACGAUGCCGCACUUCAGAGCUUCAGAGCACAGCAGUGCCGAAGUGGUGCGGCAGGUCAUUCUGCCCAUGACUGCGAAAGACGGCUGUGCUGCAGCGAUUCGGCUGGAAGGCCAAGCCCGGCGGCCCGAUCGGAUGGUCACCCACAGCUGGUCCAACUACUUCGCGCACCUCGUGGCCGCGGUCGUGGCGGACGCCAUGGAACUGCCGAGCUUCGAGUCUGUGAUUCCAAGGUUGGAAGGCCGGGAGCUCGAGGCUUUGAGGGAGGAGCUGCUGCUGAAGAACAAGCUUGGGCUGGCCUACUGGAUCUGCUGCUUCUCCGUGAACCAGCAUGCUGGCAUGUGCCACACCGUGCACCCCUCCGAGCGGCCGGAUCCCGUCACGGGCCUGCUUCCGAUCGCCUGCACCUGCCAGCACGCAAAGUACACCGGUCGCAGGGAGCCACAGGGAGAGAUGAACAAGUUCGAUGACAUGAUGCGGUGCAUGCAGGCAUUGAACCCCUGCUGUCAGCACGUCAUCGCCGUGGACACCGAGUUCCACCUCUUCCAACGCACCUGGUGUGUGGCGGAAAUUCAUGAGGCGAAGAGUCUCGGGAUGCAGCAGGGUAUGAUCAUCUUCUCAAGAGAGAACCUUGAAAGGCACAAGGCUUGGCUACACCAACUGAAAGUGGAGGAGAUGCAAGCAUCCAGCGAAGAAGAUACCCAGUACAUUCUGUCUCAGAUUCAAGACAAGGACAAGUUCAACGCUGAGCUGCGAGAUUUUAUCUUCGGGACCGAAGGCUUGAUAGAAUCCUGCCAUCGGGGAUUCGAUUUCAUGGGUCUGCUGGCAGAUGCAGCACGUAAAGGUCUGGACAGACAAGGAAGCUGGGUCAUGAAUUAG